AUGAAACCCUCCAUCUCAGCGGCGCCCUCUUCUGGCCUGCUGCUCGUCCUGAUGUGCUGCCCCCUGCUGGGCCUGGUGCAGAUGGUCAGCAGCAAGAAGGCCGCUGAGAAGGGACACCACCCGCACCUGGGGGAGUCCGACCCGCAGCGCUGCAUGAGGCAUCACUUUGUGGAGACCAUCACACAUCCCAUCUAUAAGUGCAACUCCAAGAUGGUGCUGCUGGCGCGCUGCGAGGGUCACUGCAGCUCCUCCACCCGCUCCGACCCGCUCAUCUCCUUCAGCUCCGUCCUCAAGCAGCCGUUCAGGAGCACCUGCUCCUGCUGCCGGCCGCACACCUCCAAGCUGAAGGCCGUGCGGCUGCGCUGCUCGGGGGGGACUCGCAUCACGGCCACGUACCGGUACAUCCUGGCCUGCGGCUGCGAGGAGUGCAGCUGA